AGUGAAUCAAUUUGGUUUAUACACACGUUAAUAUUGUUAUCAUUGUUAAUUAGUUAGGGUUUGCAUCCAUCAUAUCAAUCAGAGAUGAGUAGUGUUUGCGACGAGCAGCACAAUUUCCACCCCUCCCACCAGCUCCAAUCAUUCAAGAAAACCCUCCUCAGGGACAGCAACACUGACAUCCCACCGAGGAAGCUCCUCACCCGCCGCAGCCCCCAAGAAUUUCCCUCUUCUGACAUGUACGCCGCAGCUGACUGCGGAUCCCCGCGCUUCUCCUCCGCUGACGAGGCCCUCGUCCGCAAAUUCCUCCCCUGCAACACCGGCUCUGAUGACUCUGAUGACGACGAGGUCGAUCCCUACUCCUCCGACCACUUCCGCAUGUUUGAGUUCAAGGUCCGCCGGUGCACCCGCAGCCGCAGCCACGACUGGACUGACUGCCCUUUCGCCCACCCCGGAGAGAAGGCUCGCCGGCGGGACCCGCGCCGCCAUCACUACUCAGGCACCGUGUGCGCGGACUAUCGGCGUGGAUCAUGCAGCCGCGGCGACAGCUGUGAAUUUUCGCACGGAGUCUUUGAGUGCUGGCUGCACCCGGCGAGGUAUAGAACUGAGGCUUGCAAAGACGGGAAGAACUGCAAGAGGAAGGUGUGCUUCUUUGCGCACACGCCACGUCAGCUUAGGGUUUUGCCGGCGGAUCAGGUGCUUUCCCCCAUGGCUGGUUCCAAGAAGUACCACCUGAACAACUCAUCGGUGGGGUCGCCCCGUUCCUGUUCGAACAACAAUAAACAGUACUGCUGUUUGUUCUGUCAUUCAGCGGCGGCGACGUCGUCUCCAACUUCGACUCUGUUGGACGGUAUGUCUCAUCAUUUGUCGCCGCCUGUGUCGCCAGCAGCUAAACACUGCUCGUCGGUGGACGAGUUUCAUAAUUCGCCAGUUAUGUCUCCCUGUGGUGGGUUAGGGUUGGGGUGUUUGGAUCAGGUGCAUGCAAGCACAGGUGGGUUGAUGAGCUACAACGAAGUGGUUGCUGAGCUCAUGAGCUCCUUGGAGGCCAUGAAAUUCCAUGAAGCUGCCGCUGCCGCUGCUGCUUCUCAGAAGAGGUGGGUCGACAUUUCAUUUGAUGUGAAUAUGAAUUAUGCUGCUGCUGAUGACGAUCUGCAGCAGCAGCAACAACAGUUUAUUCUUUCACCGUCCACUCCGAGCCCAAGCCAACCAUUUGGAGGCGGAAAAGGACGCGGGAUCAAUUUUUUUGACGGGGAUGAAAAUUGGUCAUCAAGAAAUGGAAGCUUGUUGGGUUUUGAUCGUGAUACCAAUAUGCCCAUAAAAAAUAACGAGAUCAUUAACGGAGGAGGGUUUACCUCAGCCGCUGACUCGGACCCGGAUCUUGGCUGGGUUAAUGACCUCUUGAUGUAAAGGACUUUGGUAACUCUCUGACUGCCAUGAUUUGGAAGCUAGAUGAUCAUCAUCGUGUGAUGUGAAGGACGGACGGACGGACGAGAUCCAACUUAAUAAAAGAUGGAUGGAUGGAUGGCCAUCGUAUCUGUCCAUCCCAUUCCCAGGCCAACUGUAUAUAUUGCAUGCUUCACCAGCCGUACGUACGUACGUACGCGUAUGCAUACGGGAUUGAGCCGUACAUUAUUAAUUGUUGUCAUUAUUUUCUGUUUAUUUUUUUCAAUUAUCAAUUGUUGUUAAUUUCUUUGUUGGAGAUGUUUUUUCUUUUCUGAAGUCGGAGGCCGAGUGUAUUUAUAAUUAGCUGAUGAGUUGAUGACGUUGUUAAUUUCAUGUAUCUAUUUGAUAUUGAAAUGCUUUGGAGAAGAAUUAUCAAUCAAUAUAUUCAUAUACAUCUAUAUAUUAUGCA